GUUCCAUGUUCAUGAGUUCAUCAAUUCCAUCCUUUAACCAUUACUCAGUCUUUGCAAUUCCAAGUGGAUCACAAUGCCCAUUGAGCAAUCUCUUAACAAUUUUCUCUACUCUACUUGCUCGACUUUUUCAUGAUGCAGUACCGACCGGCCAAUUGUGUUAGCUGGCCGGACCUAUUCCAACAAUGUCCAAGUCCAGCUCCCAAUGCCCCACACUACCCGCUUCACCAUUUGCUAAUGUUCUUAUCCCCCAUUUUCUAUUUUACACCCCAGACGCCCGCCGCACCUCACUUUCUUUGCACAGCACAUCAGACUCGAGGCUGGAACUUAGCUUUACAUUGAAUUACUUUCUUUCAAUUCUUGCGUCUAUCGCUACUAAGCAGCAUAGUUCUCUAGACCCUCUUCUUUCGUUUUCUACUAGACACACACAAGAGCCAGUCAAGUCAGAUUAUAUAAAUUGCCGCUACUGCACACUGCAAUGAAUCCAAGUGAUUAUGUCACAAUACACCCAGCUCCCCCAGACCUCAUCAACGACCAAAAUCCUCCUCGACGAUGAAGACCACUCCCACUCCCUCCCCUCGCACUUUGACCUCGCUCUCAACGGCAACGGAGGAACCACCACCACAACCUCCUCCUUCCUCUCGCCAAAACAAGCAACAUAUGCCUCCUCCCUCCUAGACCCAGACGCCUUCCGCCGCCUCUCAAUCAGCACCAUCUCCUCGCUCGCUCGCCCCCGCUCCGUAUCUCCCUACCCACCCCAUCCUCAUCCCCAUCCCUCCUCUCUCCAGGGUCCACGAACGUGGAAAUCCGCACUCCACCAAAUAUGGCAGCAGAACCAGGGUUUAUUCCUAGUAACGUUCUCGCAACUCUUCGGCGCGCUGAUGAACGUCACGACAAGACUGCUGGAGCUGGAAGGAGAGGGUAUGCAUCCGUUCCAGGUGCUGUUCGCGAGACAGGGGUUGACGGUCCUGUUUUGUACGGCGUGGAUGUGGUGGACGCGGGUUCCGGAUUUUCCGCUGGGGAAGAGGGGCGUGAGGGCGUUGUUGGUUGCGAGGAGUGUCACGGGGUUCUUUGGGAUAUUUGGGAUGUAUUAUUCCCUACAAUACCUCCCCGUAGCAGACGCAGUGGUAAUCACCUUCCUCGCUCCCUCGGUAGCGAGUUACGGCUGCUACCUCUUCCUCCACGAACCCUUCCCCCGCUCCGCCCAGUACGCAAGUCUGAUCUCGCUCCUGGGCGUCGUGAUGAUUGCUCGUCCAACCUCGUUCUUCACUUCUUCUUCCUCUGCCUCACCUGAUGUCACUGUACCGGCAAACACCACCACUUCGUCCGUGGAAGAAUCAGGAUUUCCGACCCCAACCUCAGGCCAACGAUUAUCAGCCGUCGUGGUAGCGAUGAUUGGCGUCCUCGGCUCCGCAGGAGCUUUUACUUCCAUCCGCUGGAUCGGCACGCGGGCCCACCCCCUACUAUCAGUAAACUAGUAAUCACCCCUCUCUUGGCCUCCUCUCUUCGCUUCCUCUCACCUAUGCCUCCUCACAAAUUUUAUCCCACUACCAAAGAUCCAAUCCUCACUCCCUUCCCCCCCCCAAUAAAACCACGCACUAACCUCCCCACAGCUU